AUGCCAUUCCUCGCUAUAAAGCCUGCCCGUGCCGACAACAACAUACACGCCGGCCAUUUCCAUGAGUUAUUCGCAAUAUUCCAGGAUAAUAUGACCAAUGCAACCUCUGUCGAGGGACUUACCCCUAUCGAUGCCUUGAUGCCGCGGAAUUACAUCCGGGUUGUCCUAGUCUUCGAAGAUGCAACGAACCAAAGCGCACAAACUACCGGACUUGUGCAAUCUGGGCUCAAUGUCAUCUCAAAGCAGAUCCAAUGGCUCUCCGGUCGAGUCUUCCCAAAAGCUUCAGCGGGGGGAGAUCCGUAUUCUCUCGAGAUCCGUUGGGACGGACACACUACGCCAACUCUCAUCGACAAGGGCACGAUAGACAUCUCGUACGAUACCGCUUCCGCAAACGGGAUGCAACCCGAGUCAAUUCCAGAGACCAUAUGGCCUGUGUCCGGUAUGAUCGACGAAUCUCUACACAUAGCAGGAGCACCUGUUUUCGCGGCAAGUACGUUCCGCUUCGCCGAUCGAGGGUUCGGCUUAUGCAUUUGCAUGCAUCAUAACGCCGUGGAUGGGGCAGCGUUUUCGGAGAUCAUACGACAGUGGGGAAGGGCUAUCGCAGAGCCUGAUUUGGUCAUUCCCAGCUCAUUCGAGGGGAGGUGCGAGCGCCUAACGGCGGCGCUAGCGGAUGACCUCGCUGAGACAUUGUCAACUUCAACAGACGAGCUGUUCGAGAAACACCCCGAGUAUUCGAGACUCCCUCCCGCGGUCCCCGAGACGUUUCCUUCGUGUACAUGCAAGCUCUUCACAGUCUCACUGAACUGGAUCGAUACCUUAAAGUCUUUGCUGGCCAAACAUACAUUAACACCACCGUCAACAAACACGAUCUUGAGUGCGCUCCUCUGGACCACAAUCACGCGUGUCCGAACAACAUCUGGUAGCUUCUCGAGUGAAAUCCAAAACAGCCGCCUGGUAACAGCAGUUAAUGCGCGCCGGCAUUUACCACUAGCAUUCUCCCCACCCGACGCCCAAUAUCUAGGCAACGCGAUUUUCUACGGGUUUGCCGAAUUCUCUGCACCGGCACUCGCGGGGGCGGACGAGAGCCCCAUCCGUUCCCUCGCGGAAAUCUGCACCACAGUCCUCAACUCUCAAUAUCCAUUUACAAUCAACGCACGACAUGUCGCAGAGGUCCACGAGCUGAUCACGCGCACCGGUGACCCCCGCGCUCUUUUUGUAGGGUGGGACUUAUUCAACUCGAGGGAUUUGACGAUCACUUCGUGGGCGGAUUUCGGGCUGUACGGGGUUGAUUUUGGACUGGGUUUGGGGAGGCCAAGUUUUGUGCGUUUGCCGUAUAUGGAGGCGGAUGGGGUUGUUAUUGUUCUGCCGAGGCGGAGGGGUGAAGGGGAAACUGGGGUGGAGGUUGUUGUGAUGCUACAAAGGGAUCAUAUGGAUGUCCUUGUGGAGGAUGAGAUGUGGCGGACUCUGACUAAAGGCUAG